CGCGCCAAACAUUAUUAGUGUCCAGUGUCUUGGCGGUUCGUUUACAGAGAGCACGUAGUAAACAACACUUGGCUAUAAAAGCAGAACAAGCUUAAACUUAAGACAUUUCCUUCAUUGAGUCGCGACAUGAAGACUUCGUGCUCGAUAUCGAUCAUUUUAGUUGCGUUGUUACUCAGCGCACCUAUUUUCACCUUGUGUUCACAUUCCCAUAAGUUGAAGCGCAGUCAUGGUCUGCCUUUGGAACUACUGGAGAAGACACAACCAAGAGAUUUUUCAAUUGAUGGAAUUGCCAGGCGUCCUCUGAGUCCCGAAUCAAAGAUACAACCAAAACAUAUCGAUGACUGUGAUGAAGAACCCGUGAAGCCGACAGGGCGUGAUUUGAGUGAGAGGAGGCUGAGCAAGAAACUCGGGGGCUCGAUCGAUGAGCGUUUUUUGUCAGUUUCCAAGCCCGCCCAUUUGUCAGAUAGCCCACAAGUGGAACGAGUUUCAUUGCGAGGCAUCACGACCUCAGAAAAAGACUUUCUCAGGCAGGUCAUCAGAAACGAGACUGUUCCUUCAAUGGGAGGCAAGGUACCCAUCUUUAUGGAAAGGUUUCUUAUGAAAUGGCUAAUUCACAAAUCUGACUGUCCAGUGGAACAUACGUGGACAGACCAGGGUAUCUGUUAUUGGCCACGAUGGAUCUCGGUAGGUAGUAACUCUCACGUCAGAUGAAAUUUUGCACGUACUUUGUAAUAACACUUUGCUACCAGACUCUAAAUGUGGUAUCUGAGCUGGCCCCUGUCUUAUGUCAGAAAAGUCCAUUCUUUCAUUGACUUUUUUUAAGUGACUAUUGAUUAAAGUAAUAAUCUUUGUAUAUGUUGUGGCAAUGUCACGAAGUUUACUUAAGUUUUCCACCUGUCAAUGAAGAGCAAAUGCUUAAGUAUUCAGGCUGAGUAAUAGAAAUUAGAAGCUUGGCUGUGACCUUGAUUUUGUAACAUGGAUAUUUCGAGUGCAGGGCAGAAGAGCGCACUUGGUUUCUCAUUGUACUCAUAUUAGAGGCAUCUCUUAUUUCAAUUGCUAAUUUUUACAGAAAAAACUUCAGGAAUAUCUCGUGUUAUAUGGAAGGAAAAACGAACGGAAGAUCAAGCGUGUAUGAGGCGUAGCGCCAAAGAAAACCAUCUUAGCGUGGAUAGAAUCCUGCUGCUAUGCGCGUGUCGUGGGGGAUUAAUUUAGAUGAUCACACGACAAACUGAAGUUUUCACUGCGGCACACUGAUCAGCUUUAAAUUUAGUGAGGAACACGGGGUCAUUCAUAUUCUGCACGAACCCAGAUCCACGUGAAAUCCAGUCAAAAUAAGGAAAACAUUUUCUGGUUAGUGGACAACAACACCAAUUAUCACAAGUCAUGUUCUGUUUCUUCCAUCAUUAAAGGAAAAUACCACGGUGGAACUUGCCUCAGUAGAAAAAGAAAACAAAAUAUUCUUUGCCAUGGAUUAACAGGAGAUUUUUUUCAAUGAAUCAUUAUUGACCUGAAGCCAAAAAAAGGAAACAGAACGUCAUAAUUCUUUUAAUUAAGUGCUUUCAUCUUUCGGUCUGUCUUGGCUGAAUUGAUUGGGUCGGAAUAAUUAACCACCAACCGCUUAGUUGAUUUAGAGUGAGUGUUGAAGCGUUUUUACGUCCACUUGCUUUUUCGCGACCCAACGAUUUAUAAAGUGUCUGGGCGUGAAAGCCGACAUGUAUCAGUCAUUUAUUGGCUUAUAAGGUUACAAUUGUCAGGUCAAGUAAACACAUUUCCAGAAUGAGAAGAGAUCAGAGAGUACAGCUGAAAUAUAAGAUUUUAUUCUUUUAUGGCUCAAUCGCAAACUGGGCCUCCAACGCAAAGACUAAAAAGCUCGAUUAGGGCCGGACACUUCUUGAAAGCAGUACAUUUUCAUUAUUAAGGUUCAACAGUUGAUGUCAUAAAUAAAAUUGUCUUAAAAGCGGAGAAAUGGCUAGACUGUGAAAUACUUUCACCCCAGGAGAAUAAGAUGAAAACCCACUAACCGCAAACAGCGACGUAGGAACAGAAGGUCAAAGUGAGAAGGGAGCUAAAAUCAGAUCUUUUCUAUUGAAAGUUUAACCAUUGUUAUUUUUAAGGUUCUGCAUAUUUGAUUACAAAAACUGAAACGUGCUCAAGGCGGCCUCGCACGUUCACAUGUGUCCGGUCUAAUUUCACGAUCAUUCUGUUAACCAGAAAGUUUUAGCCUCCGGGGCAAACACAUCGGAAAGCCAUACAUGUCUACAUGUACUCUGCCGGCGCGUGUGCCUGUGUGCUUUUUUUCAGUCUCUUAUACCACGACUUCCUCAUCUGUCCCGGAGGAUGAGGAACUUUGCACAAUUGAGAGAAACAAGUGGAAAGGUGUUGGGCAGGAGGAGAGCUUAAUCGGCAGUGCUUAUUAUUAUUAUUACACAUGUAUAAAAUAAUAUACAUGCAUUAGGGAUGUCAAAACUACCUCUUGAACUAUACAAGAAACGCAGAUCAGCUCUGUCAGUUUUAUUUUUAGUUAUCCUCGGAAUAUUCCCCGAACUGUCAACAAGCAGCGAGCGGUGGAAUGAGUAGCCCAGCAACGGAGGCAAAAGAGAAACCUCCUCAUCUCCUAAUGUCUUCUCCAUUCGCCGCUUUUCUGUCUAUUGUCACAGCAUUGGUGUAUUCUAGCCAUGCUGACCCCUGUUUUUUGCUUCAGAAAAACUGUCAACAUUUAAAAAUUACUUGUUAGAAAGUUCCAUCAACUUCUGCGUUGUUCGUUCAAGACAAUUGUGGGUGGUGCGCGACCCCCUGAAAACUUUUCCACUUUGAAACAAAAAAUGCCACAUUGUGUAUCGUAUCAGACAAUGACGCCAACAGAGUGAAGAUCAUUUAUAAAAAAAACCUCUGAAACGCCAAAAAAAAUUUUGAGACGCAAAAUGCCACACCGUGUAGCAAAAUCCAUCAUGGGGCUGCGUUAAAACGCUUUUUGAAAUUCUGUUUCAUGACGUCAUCAAGUUACGAUUACUUGUAAAAAUUUUUCCACUGAGUCCUCAUUCCUACUUAUCAAUCAGAAUAUAGUUUUGCGUGACGUGAGGUUCUAGACGGGAGGAAUAUCAGAGCUUUUAGUGUAAAUUUAAGAAUCAUGCUAUUGUCUUUGGCAGAUGGGUCGCUGCAUAGCCAAGCAGUGUUCAUGGCCUCAGGGAAUGUCGUGCGUGGCGUCUGAUCCAAUCGACGUGUACCUAUUGCGAUGGAACUGCCGUAAGAACCGAAACAGAAGGAAAGGAAAGAAGACUGGGACUCCUGCUGCAGACGUAACGUGUCGAUGGUUAAAAUUUAAGCGUUCUGUAAUUAAUGAUUGUAAGUGCAAGUGCGAUUCUACUCGAGCUGAUUAAAGAUAGUUUUUGGUGCCAAUUAAGCACUAAUUCGUGGCUCCGUUGAAUCAAAGUUUAAAAGCAGGUCAAACAAAGUGUGCACAAAAGUUCCAACGAAUACGAUACUUCGUUAACUUAGAUCGUUUAAAACCGUCAAGUUCUUAAUCAUGUCAAAGACGAUGAUGAAGAAUAUUAAUGAAAACAAACAAACAAACGGAAACCCGAUCGAUUUUGGAUGGGAGGGGACUUUCGUUAUGUAGCAAUAACGUUGCAUUCGUAAUCAUUUUAUGUUUUAUUUUUAACCUCAAAAGGUUUGUUUUGCAAACCGACAUAUCGAGCGUUCAGAAUCGCAAUUUACUUCGUUUACUGCAUGUUGUCUUUAGUCUUUUUUUCCUUCUUUACCGUAAGGAUUGGU